AAGUACCUAACAGCACUCAGUCUGACAGAAGUGACGUGUAUUAAAUCUGUAUUCGUCGGCACCCAAUAAUUUUGUGUUAAAAUCGAAGAAAAAGCUCAACAUGAGCUCUUUUAAGCGUGACAAAAAGGAAGAGGAGGAUACGGGUGGAAAUCCCUACCAGAACCUCGACAAAACAAUCGUUUUACAAGAAGCUAGAUACUUCAAUGAGACGCCCGUAAAUCCGAGAAAAUGUUCUCAUAUUUUGUCCAAGAUCCUGUAUUUACUGAAUCAAGGGGAGAAGUUAACGACCCAAGAGGCUACGGAUGCUUUCUUCGCGACCACAAAGUUGUUCCAAUCGAAAGAUGUUAUGCUACGCAGGAUGGUGUAUUUGUGUAUUAAAGAGUUGAGUAAGCUGGCCCAGGAUGUCAUCAUUGUGACUUCAUCAUUAACGAAGGAUAUGACUGGGAAAGAGGACUUAUACCGCGCUGCAGCGAUAAGGGCGCUAUGUAGCAUUACCGACAGUACAAUGCUACAAGCAAUUGAACGAUAUAUGAAGCAAGCUAUUGUUGAUAAGAACCCAGCUGUUAGCUCUGCAGCGCUGGUUUCCGCUUUGCAUUUGUCUUCCACAGCUCCGGACUUGGUCAAGCGCUGGGCUAAUGAAGCUCAGGAAGGAAUCAACUCCGACAAUGCCAUGGUCUCAUACCAUGCUCUCGGUCUCGUCGCAGCUACGCGAAAGAAUGACAAGCUAUCAACCGUCAAACUUGUGACGCGCCUUGCAAAGUCACCGAUAAAAUCCCCAUAUGCGCUAUGCUUGCUCAUCCGCUUGGCCGCGCAACUGGUGGAGGAAGAUGACUCGGAAGCUUCUCAACCAUACAUCGAUUUCAUAGAAUGCUGUUUGCGCCAUAAAUCGGAAAUGGUUAUAUACGAAGCGGCGCAUGCGAUUGUUAACUUACGAAAAACGGCCCGGGACCUCGCGCCAGCAGUUUCCGUCCUGCAACUGUUUUGUGGAUCAUCGAAGGCAUCGCUGCGCCUGGCCGGAGCUCGAACGUUAGCAAGAUUGACAGCGAAACACCCCACUGCGGUCGCCGCGUGUGCAGUUGACUUGGAAAAUCUUAUUUCUGACCCUAACCGCUCUGUGGCUACAUUGGCGGUAACCACACUCUUAGCUACGGGUGCAGAGAGCUCGAUAGAUAGACUGAUGAAACAGAUAUCGUCGUUCGUGUCGGAAAUUUCUGAUGAAUUCAAAAUCGUUGUUGUAAAAGCUAUACGUCGUCUGUGCACGAAGUUCCCCCGUAAACAUCAGUCGCUGGCUUCAUUCUUAGCUGGUAUGCUGAGGGAUGAAGGUGGUCUGGAGUAUAAAGCCGCAAUCGCCGAUGCGAUCAUUGCUUUGGUCGAAGAGAACCCAGACGCCAAGGAAACUGGGUUGGCCCAUCUGUGCGAAUUUAUCGAGGAUUGCGAGCACACGACGCUAGCUGUACGGAUCUUGCAUUUGCUGGGGCGCGAAGGCCCAAAAUCGCGUCAACCGUCCCGCUACAUACGAUUCAUUUAUAAUAGAGUCAUUCUCGAGUCUGGACCAGUUAGAGCUGCAGCCGUUUCCGCUGUUGCACAAUUCGGAGCGCAAAGACCAGAACUCUUGCCAAACAUAAAGGUCUUACUCUCAAGAUGUGAAUUAGACGAUGAAGACGAAGUCCGCGAUAGAGCCAUUUUCUACAACGCAAUAUUGGAGACUGGAGACGCUCAAUUGAUCAACGAUUACAUUGUGAAUGUUCAAAAACCGAACCCAGUGUUGCUAGAACGCGCACUGCGUGACCAUAUCGAGACGCGACCUGAGGAAGAUUUCGACAUAAUGGCAAUACCGACAGAAGACGAGAAAGUCACAAAGGAAGACAUCGUCGAAGUGGAAGUACGUAAACCAGUACAAGUUUCGAUUGAAGAGAUCUAUUCGGAGCAACUGGCUAAGAUACCCGGCAUUGAAAGACUUGGACCACUGUUCAAAACAGUUCCACACAUCGAGUUAACGGAAGCGGAAACGGAGUAUAGAGUGCGUUUAUUGAAGCACAUUUAUGCCCGCCACGUGGUCCUUCAAUUCGAGUGUAUUAACACGCUGAGUGAUCAAAUCCUGGAGCAAGUGCAUGUCCGGUUGGAACCACCGCAGGACUAUGAGUUGAAAACCAUCAUACCCUGCCAGAAGCUCGUCUAUGACAAACCGGAUAGUGUUUUCAUAGUUUUAGAGUAUCCAUCCGCGUACUUCGACAGCCUCGGAACAUUUGGUGCUACAUUGGAGUUUGUGGUUCGCGAUUGCGAUCCAAAUACCGGCGUUCCGGACCCUGGUGAGGGCUAUGCUGACUCUUACCCAUUAGAAGAGUUCGAUAUGGGUUGUUCAGACCAGCUCCGUGCGAAAGCCGGCACAGAUGAUUGGGAACAAGCCUGGGAAAGGGCGGAGAAAGCUCCCGAAGCAACUGAUACAUUUGUUUUACCACAAAACGAUAUCAAUGAUGCUGCGAAGGCAGUUUGCGAGCAUUUGGGACUGCCGAAGAAUGCAAUCAGCGGGGAUGCCGUUAAGGAAAUUCGUGGUGGUGGUAUUUUCAGAGGUGGUGCCCCAGUUUUGGUCAGGGCCAGGAUCGCGUCUAGUAGCGCUGGAGUCACUAUGAAAUUAGUAGCCAGGUCACCUAGAGAAGAUUUGGCGCAGUUGUUAUUGGCUGCUGUUGGUUAAAUCGAGGUUAUUUACGUUUCGAAAUUAUAUCUUUAUUUUAUCGUAAUAAUGGCAAUAAGAAUAAUAAAGCGUGUAUCGUUCAUUAUAGUAUAUUCCUCCAUAUAAAAAUUACUUUGCGUCAUUUCAUAAUGUCUGUAAAAUUUUCUACUUUUGUUUGAUAUUUUGAUACCGUGGAAAAAAA